AUGGGGGCCGGGCCCCUUCCCGCCGCCCCCGGAGCGCCUGCAGGCUGGCCCCCAUGCACUCUCCCUGUGACCUCCCUCCACCAGCUGUCCUCCCGCCGCCAUGCUGCCCCUGCUGCGCCUGUGCCUUUGUCGGCCGUGGCCCCGCAGUCCUCCCGCCCGGCUCUUCGCGGAGGCCGCCCGGCAGCGUUGCACCCUGACCGGGACCCCGGGAACCCAGCCCUGCACAGCCGCUUUGUGGAGCUGAGCGAAGCGUACCGGGUCCUCAGCCGGGAGCAGAGCCGUCACAGCUACGACCAGCAGCUCCGCUCAGCCGCUCCCCCCAGGCCCCCGGGGGCCGCCGCCCACCCCGCGUCUGCUCACCAGGCGCACAGCAGCUCCUGGGAGCCCCCGAAUGCACAAUAUUGGGCCCAGUUUCAUAGAGUGAGGCCGCAGAGGCCGGAGUCGAGGCGGCAGCAGUACAGACACAACCAGCGGGUGCUGGGGUACUGCCUCCUGAUCAUGCUGGCGGGCAUGGGCCUGCACUACGUCGCCUUCAGGAAGCUGGAGCAGAUGCACCGGAGCUUCAUGGAUGAGAAGGACCGGAUCAUCACCACCAUCUACAAUGACACCCGGGCCCGAGCCAGGGCCAACAGAGCCAGGCUCCUGCAGGAGCAACAGCCGAGGCCGCCGCUGCAGCCACCACCCGAGCCUCCCCCAGGCCCAGGGAUCGUGCCCCCCUGA